GGCUCAGUGUGUGUGGUAUUGACGGGAACAACUGGCUCUCCUACUGAACUUGUUAAUCCUCUUGAAGUCUCUGUGGGAUCUGUGCUGAAUGCCGAUGCAGGAGCUGGUGACUUUUCUCUGGGUGCGUAUGUCACCAUUCCUGCUGGAACAAUGCUUCCGACUGAUGGCUCUCAUUGUGUGGCAGUGAACGGAACGGAAGAUACCUUAUUGGAGGGAGAUGAAGCAUUUGACGCUAUGAUCACUGGGACAGACCAAAGUGCCGUCGUUUCCGUUGGAGCAUCAGACACUGCCACCGUUACAAUCACUGAUAACGAUGCCGGGGAGGUUGAGGUCGCUGCAGAUUCUGUUGGUAUCACUGAAGGUGGAGCAGCCGGCUCAGUGUGUGUGGUAUUGACGGGAACAACUGGCUCUCCUACUGAACUUGUUAAUCCUCUUGCAGUCUCUGUGGAAUCUGUGCUGAAUGCCGAUGCAGGAGCUGGUGACUUUUCUCUGGGUGCGUCUGUCACCAUUCCUGCCGGAACGACGCUUCCGACUGAUGGCUCUCAUUGUGUGGCAGUGAACGGAACGGAAGAUACCUUUUUGGAGGGAGAUGAAGCAUUUGACGCUAUGAUCACUGGGACAGACCAAAGUGCCGUCGUUUCGUUGGAGCAUCAGACACUGCCACCGUUACAAUCACUGAUAACGAUGCCGGGGAGGUUGAGGUCGCUGCAGAUUCUGUUGGUAUCACUGAAGGUGGAGCAGCCGGCUCAGUGUGUGUGGUAUUGACGGGAACAACUGGCUCUCCUACUGAACUUGUUAAUCCUCUUGAAGUCUCUGUGGAAUCUGUGCUGAAUGCCGAUGCAGGAAUGUGACUUUUCUGGGGUGCGUCUGUCACCAUUCCUGCCGGAACAACGCUUCCGACUGAUGGCUCUCAUUGUGUGGCAGUGAGCGGAACGGAAGAUACCUUAUUGGAGGGAGAUGAAGCAUUUGACGCUAUGAUCACUGGGACAGACCAAAGUGCCGUCGUUUCUGUUGGAGCAUCAGACACUGCCACCGUUACAAUCACUGAUAACGAUGCCGGGGAGGUUGAGGUCGCUGCAGAUUCUGUUGGUAUCAUUGAAGGUGGAGCAGCCGGCUCAGUGUGUGUGGUAUUGACGGGAACAACUGGCUCUCCUACUGAACUUGUUAAUCCUCUUGCAGUCUCUGUGGAAUCUGUGCUGAAUGCCGAUGCAGG